AAGUGUACGUAGAAUAUCUUUUUGUGCAAAAGUCACAUGACGACGCCCAUGACCUUUCUGUCUGUUGCCAUCGUAACUGCAUAGCAAAUGUCUGAGAAGAAUUUUGUUCAUCAAGAUGUCUUCCCAUUUCAGUGCUAAUCAGUAUGAAACUGCUUUCAGUCCAAAGAGACUUCAGAACUAUGAAGUACCAGCCAAGCACAAAGAGCGUCCUUCUUUGAGACGAGGCAAGACGACCAUCAUCAGUAACAAUCGAGGUCACCUCAACAGCUCAGUUCGACCAUCCACCGCUCCGCCCUGGAGCUCAUUCGUAGGAACGUGGCAAACAGAACGAAAACCUCUCAACAUUACGACUAAGUCAAAGCUUUUCAGAAACUUGGAGCAGUAUGGUCGAGACUCUAAACAGAGUACAAGGGCAUUCAGUGCUCGUUCAGCUUCUGUCCGUAGCAAUAGGGCACAGAUUCAAGACAAUUCUGAUGCUGUAUCGCCCAUCCCCGGCAACGUUCAGACAAUGGAACUAGAAUCCCAACUCAGAACUGAAGUGAGAUCACCUAGUAAUGCCAGUUCUAGGCCUGCAACUGUUAGUUCGAUUCGAUCGUCAGUACAAGGGUCUCGAACGAGUUCUCCAGCUGGUUCAUUGCGAUCCCCUACACCCUCCGAGUGUUCCAGAGCCUCGAGUGCAUUAGAAAGUGUGGCUAUUGCAUCACUUCCAUCGACAGCAGAGAAGGAUGUUCGGUCUCCAUCAAAUAAAAUUGAUAGUUCAAGGCCACAGUCUCCCCUUCUGUCUACUGCUGCACAGUCAAGACUACACACAUCACAGAACUGUGAUACAGAAACUUAGAUUUAUAGAAUGAAUCCCUUAUAGCAUGCGUAUGUUCUAUUUUUAGAGUUCAUUUGUACGAAAUGUGAUAUGUUUCUGUGUGGCUGCAUGGGAAUUUGUACGUCUCUUAAA